AUGAGUCAAGUCUCCAAUUCAUCGACGUCGUUGGGAUUGAGAAAGGUUGGGAGCUUCCACUACCGAUCACAGACUGUGAAUCAUCACAAACCUCUUCCUCAACCACCUAAUUCUUCUUUAUCGACAGUGAACAAGCCUCGUCCAACUCCUCUUCCAACACCAUCUUCAUCCACUUUUCAACCAAUUACAGACGAUGAAGAAGAAUUACUUUCUCUUCUCAGAAUGGACGGAGCAAAUAUGUUCGUGAUUGGUCUAUGGAGCGACAUGGAAGCGACAUCAUCUUCUAGAAGGCUUAGCAAGAUUAGAUUUGACACCAUGUGCUACAUUUCCGAGGAUGGGUCAGCACUUGUUUGCGAGAGUGAUAUGGUUCCAUCAUCAUCGAGCGCUUCGACUUCGGCUCAACGAAGAAGUAAUAUCAUUCUAUUCUCGGAAGUUGAAAAGAUUAUUCCCUAUUGUCAAUGUUCUCAUUUACUAGAAAAUAAUUACAAUUCAUUCUCUGCUGUAACAACAACCACAACAUCAUCCACAACCUCUCUUUUCAUCUCUUCUAAGAUUCCAAUCACUCAACAAGAAGCUCAAGAAUGUGUUUCUUUCUUUCAACGAUAUUUCAUUUCUGGAUAUAACAACAAGGAACCAAACUAUGAAGCAGCUCUCGUUCCCUACAAGUUUCAAAUGUUCAUGGUGAAACGAAAGAAUUUCAAGAAAAGCCUCGGAUUCAUUUUGUCAGACCCUAUGCAAGCCUCAACUUGGAUUAAGGGUCUUCAAAUGUUUAUGGACGAUUCACGAGGAAUAUUAUCAGCAUCAAGUGUUGCUCGAACGGCCAACAGGAAUGUCAUACCCGAGCCUCAAACACCCAAUGACAAUGAAGAGAAUGGAUCUUCACCUAACAAGAAGAUGCACAAGAAACAUUUAUCCUUUGGAGAGUCCAUAAAGCAAAAACUAAAAGUUUCAUCAAAAGCUUCGACAGGAACUGAAGUUGCAGAUGCUCUUGGAAAUGAGGAAUACAUGUCAUCACCCAAUUCAGGAGGUUUUUCUCCAAGAAGUGCAGGAACUGCAAAACCUCUUCCAAUACCAGUUAAGAAAGAAUCAACACAAAGUCCACUUUUACCACCAACUAUUUCUACUGAAACAUCCAGUGAAAUUGCAAAACAAUUACAAAAGCUAAAGAAAACACCAGCUACGCCAACAUCAAAUUCAAACAAUACAAACUUGGAGGUGAAGAACGACUCGAAUGCACAAACAAAUGAAGAUAAGCAAUUAUUUGAAGUUGUUGUUGUGGUUAAAUUACGGAGAAAGGAUGAUAAACUGGAGCCAUUUAUUCAUUACGAGUUUCCUCCACAAACGGGUCGAAGCAGUAAGAGUCAACAAAUUAUUAACAGUGUUCCUUUAUUUUGCUUUCCUGAUAUUGACAUUGUUAAAGAACAAGAGUCUAUUUCAGGUGGAAAUAAGAAGACGUAUAGCUUUGUAUUAACAGAUAUUGACGGUACACGAAAACAUGGAUAUUGUCGACGAAUGUUACCUACUGGAACUGGAAAGAGGUUACCAGAAACAUUCUGCAUCAUUUCUGCACAUUCAUGUUUUGGAUUAUUCUCUACAAUAUUAGACAACAUUGAAAUUAGAAAUGAGAUCAAUAACGUAUCGUGUUACCAAUUUUUAAAGACUGUGCUUGCCAAUCCUUUCCCUUCUCCUGGAACUUGUACUAUUAUCCGAACAGUGAAUCCAAAAAGUGGACAACAAGAGGAAGUUAAACUCUCUCGACCCAACGUGGCAGAUCCCAUGUUGGAAUAUAUUAAUUUUAAUGUAUUAUUUGAAUGCCUUUCUGCUGAAAACCUUCUAACAGUAUUUUCAUUUCUACUAACCGAAAGACGAAUUAUUUGCUUUGCCAAAGAUAUUACAAAGCUCUCUUCUUUUUGCCAAGCCAUUAUUUCACUAUUGUAUCCUUUCACAUGGCAACACAUAUUCAUACCUGUACUUCCUCAAAGUCUCAUCGAUUAUGUGUGCAGCCCAGUUCCAUUCGUAAUUGGAGUGCUGAGUAACCAUAAACAAUAUAUUGACGAGCUCAGAAAGGAUGGUCAAAUGGAGUCUGAAGUAUUACAAGUGGAUUUGGAUUCUGGAAAAGUGAUCGAGCCAGCAACUUUAAAAGAUAACAAAAGUAUUAUUCCUGAUGUAAAAGAAUUUAUCAAAAAAUUAUCCAAAGUAUCAAAGGAAAUUACAAGUUCAAAAUCAGGAUCUAAUCAAAUAGCAAUGGCAAAGGAUACAUUUUUACUAUUUUUUGUAAAUCUUUUUGGAGAUUACAAAGCAUUCGUAAAGCCAAACCAAGAGUUCUAUUCUAUAACAGAUAAUAGGAAAAAGAAGGACAUACCUGAAUGGAUCUUUGAUACUCCUCUAUUUAUUGAAACAAAAACCAAACAAUUCAAGAAAAACGGAAAGUUUUUCACAAUUUUCACACAAUGCCAAAUGUUUGAACGGUGGUCAUCUGAAAUAGCCAACUCUUCAAGUCAGAAGAAAGGCAAUACCAGCGAGUAUGGAUUAUUCGAACAAUUAUCGUCCGUGCUUCAGCAACAGAUCACAAACGACCUGUACAAGAAGUAA